AUGAGCUACUUUGUGGAUUCCACAGCCAGUGGCCCUGCCCCUUAUUCAGCAGUGCGUCCUGCGGUGGCGAGGCAGGGACCCAUCAACUCCUACGAAGAUCCUCGAAUGGCCUGUGGUUUCCAGUCCAGUUAUCACCCGCAAAGAGCUUACUACCCCUUCUGGGAUGAGAUGGCCACUCAGGAAGUUCCCACUGGUCUGGAACACUGUGGCUCAGAUAUGGAAUGUGCCGAUGUCCCACUGUUAACUCCAAGCAGCAAAGAAAUGAUGUCUCAAGCGUUGAAAGCUACUUUCAGUGGUUUCUCUAAAGAACAGCAACGACUGGGAAUUCCCAAAGACCCCCGGCAGUGGACAGAAACCCAUGUGCGGGACUGGGUGAUGUGGGCUGUGAAUGAGUUCAGCCUGAAAGGUGUGGACUUCCAGAAGUUCUGUAUGAAUGGAGCAGCUCUCUGUGCGCUAGGGAAAGACUGCUUUCUCGAGCUGGCCCCGGACUUCGUCGGGGACAUUCUGUGGGAACAUCUCGAGAUCCUGCAGAAAGAGGAUGUGAAACCAUAUCAAGUUAAUGGAGUGAACCCUACCUAUCCAGAAUCCCGCUAUACCUCGGAUUACUUCAUUAGUUAUGGUAUCGAGCAUGCUCAGUGCGUUCCUCCCUCGGAGUUCUCAGAGCCUAGCUUCAUUACAGAGUCCUACCAGACUCUCCAUCCCAUCAGCUCAGAGGAACUCCUCUCCCUCAAGUAUGAGAACGACUACCCCUCGGUCAUUCUCCGGGACCCUCUGCAGACAGACACUUUGCAGACGGACUACUUCGCCAUCAAACAAGAAGUUGUAACCCCAGACAACAUGUGCAUGGGGAGGACCAGUCGUGGUAAGCUCGGAGGCCAGGACUCUUUUGAGAGCGUGGAGAGCUACGACAGUUGUGACCGCCUCACCCAGUCCUGGAGCAGCCAGUCCUCUUUCAACAGCCUGCAGCGCGUCCCCUCCUAUGACAGCUUCGACUCAGAGGACUAUCCAGCCGCCCUGCCCAACCACAAGCCCAAGGGCACCUUCAAGGACUAUGUGCGUGACCGUGCUGACCUCAACAAGGACAAGCCUGUCAUUCCUGCUGCCGCCCUGGCGGGCUACACAGGCAGUGGACCAAUCCAGCUGUGGCAGUUUCUUCUGGAAUUACUCACUGAUAAAUCCUGUCAGUCUUUUAUCAGCUGGACCGGAGAUGGCUGGGAAUUCAAGCUUUCUGAUCCAGAUGAGGUGGCCAGGAGAUGGGGAAAAAGGAAAAACAAACCUAAGAUGAAUUACGAGAAACUGAGCCGCGGCCUCCGCUACUAUUAUGACAAAAACAUCAUCCACAAGACAGCGGGUAAACGCUAUGUGUACCGCUUCGUGUGUGAUUUGCAGAGCCUCCUCGGGUACACGCCCGAGGAACUCCACGCCAUGCUGGACGUCAAGCCCGAUGCCGACGAGUGA